AUGUAAUAUAAGGAUUGCAACGAUAUGCUGAUAUGCUAACACUGCAAAAAAUUCUUCAAUCUUUAAGACCGAAAACCAUUCCUGUUAUCCUGUGGAGAUCUUCUGUGCAUGUAAUGCUAUAAUAAUCAAAAAGAUUAAGUAUAGAAUCUGUAAAUUCAAUGCCCUUUCGAUAUCAAGCAUCUUUGUCCUGUUGAUUAGCAAAUUAUUGAGCCUAUGUAUCUGAUAAGAAUUCUCCAAAACUAUGAUUUUUCCUGCAUUAAAUGCGAUACUCAUACUCAGGAAAACGCGAACAUCUACUGCAAGAAAGAACAUCAAAUAAUUUGCAGUUAUUGCUGGCUCAAGGAUCCAAAUGAGACUAAGGUUAUUGAUCAAGCUAUUAAGAAUUAAAUUAAGGAAAAAUCUGACAUUUUUAACUUUCUUUCCAAAAGUUUUAAUGAGAAGCACUAGAACUUUGUAUAAGAAGAGGCUCAUUUGAAAAAUGAUUAAUUUUUAAUGAAUCAACAAACCACUAGAAAAAUACAUGAUUUACAAAAGUUAGAUCAAAUAGUAGUUGUCCCUUUCAACAUCGCAAGAUGCUUUCAUAACAUGUAUUUAGAAUUCAGAAGACUUGUAAAUGAGCAAGUUAAUAAUCUACUUAGAAUUUCAAAUAACAAUGCUCUUCUAACGAAUAAGCUAGGAAAUAUUCAAAAAGAAGUGAAGAUGAUUUAUCAGGCUUCUAGAGAUGGAUAUAAAUCAAUAGAUUUUCAUACUCAUUGUGAUAAUAAAGGGCCAACAAUAUCUUUCAUUUUAAGUGAUUAUGGAUAAGUGUUUGGAGGCUAUACUUCUUAGCCUUGGACUUCUCCUGAAACUAGAUAAGGCGUAAAGGAGGGUGAAUCAUUUGUAUUUUCUCUGACAAAGAGUACAACAAAAUUUGUUGAUUGCGCUGUUUUUCAUUGCAAAGACUUUUAAAUCAUGAUGUUUGGAAAAGGAAAUAAAACAUGCAUUUGUAUUUAUAAUGAUUCCAAUUUGGACUCUCGAAAUUUUUGCGAUAUGAAUCAUAAAAAAAUUAACUAAGAAGGUUCUGAGAUAUCAUAGUAGAAUAAAAAUGAUUACUUAGCGGGAAACUCUAGAUUCAAUGUUGUUGAUUUGGAAGUUUACGAAAUCACAUUCUGA